AUUCUCAGGAUGGUAGAGGAGUGUGUGUGUGCGGCGGAGGACAGUGACAACAUAGAGACCCAACGACAGCAGCAGCAGCAGGCAUGGAGGAGGGGGCCACUCCCGACCCAGAGUUUGUGGACGUGGACCAGGGCAUGACGUUGGCCUGUGUGGCCUUCCUCUGCCUUCUCCUGGUGGCAAUGAUCAUCCGCUGUGCCCGGGUCAUCAUGGACCCCUACAGCGCUAUACCCACCUCCACCUGGGAAGAGCAGCACCUGGAUGACUAGCGGGGAACAAGCUGUGCUGUUACACAUAUAGCCACACCUGUGAGGGUGCAGAUGCACAGGCACGUAGGGACAUGCACAUGAACGCAAGCGUGGGUAAACACGCACAUGCACAAAAGAAAGGAGAGGAGAAGAGAGGAGAGCUUGACCAGAGAGGAGAGUAGAAGAGAGGAGAAGAGAGGAGGAGAGCUUGACCAGAGAGGAGAGGAGAAGAGAGGAGAAGAGAGGAGAAGAGAGGAGAGCUUGACCAGAGAGGAGAGGAGAAGAGAGGAGAAGAGAGGAGAGCUUGACCAGAGAGGAGAGGAGAAAGAGAGGAGAAGAGAGGAGAGCUUGACCAGAGAGGAGAAUAGAAGAGAAGAGAGCUUGACCAGAGAGGA